AUGGCCGAAAUUGACCCCAGUUCAGAUUUUGUGAGGUUGGGGGCGGAAGAAUCCGUUGCCAUUGCAAGGGGUCGUCGCCGAGUAUCCAUCCUGUGGGGAGCGGUGCAGGCCCCACAGACCGGCCAGCCGCCGGCCCCGGCGCGACCCAGCUGGCUAGCUCAGACGCGCGCGCUCCGUCCUGUGGGGAGCGGGGCAGGCCCCACAGACCGGCAAGCGGCCGGCCCCGACGCGACCCAGCCGGCUGGCUUGGCCGCGCAAGCUCCGUCCUGUGGGGAGCGGGGAAGGUCCCACAGACCGGCCAGCGGCCGGCCCCAGCGCGACACAGCCAGCUGGCUCGGACGCGUGCUCCGUCCUGUGGGGAGCGGGGAAGGUCCCACAGACCGGCCAGUGGCCGGCCCCAGUGCGACACAGCCAGCUGGCUCGGACGCGUGCUCCGUCCUGUGGGGAGCGGGGCAGGCCCCACAGACUGGCAAAUGGCCGGCCCCGGCGCGACCCAGUCGGCUGGCACGGACACGUGGCCUCCGACCUGCGGGGAGCGGGGCAGGUCCCCACAGACCGGCCAGCGGCUGGCCCCGGUGCGACCCAGCCGGCUGGCUCGGCCGCGCGCGCUCCGUCCUGUGGGGAGCGGGGAAGGUCCCACAGGCCGGCCAGCGGCCGGCCCCAGCGCGACACAGCCAGCUGGCUCGGACGCGUGCUCCGUCCUGUGGGGAGCGGGGCAGGCCCCACAGACUGGCAAAUGGCCGGCCCCGGCGCUACCCAGCCGGCUGGCUCAGACGCGUGCUCCGUCCUGUGGGGAGCGGGGCUGGCCCCACAGACUGGCAAAUGGCCGGCCCCGGCGCUACCCAGCCGGCUGGCCUGGACGCGCGCGCUCCGUCCUGUGGGGAGCGGGGCAGGCCCUACAGACCGGCCAGCAGCCGGCCCCGACGCAACCCAGCCGGCUGGCUCGGACGCGCGCGCUCCGUCCUGUGGGGAGCGGGGCAGGCCCUACAGACCGGCCAGCAGCCGGCCCCGACGCAACCCAGCCGGCUGGCUCGGACGCGCGCGCUCCGUCUUGUGGGGAGCGGGGCAGGCCCCACAGACCGACCAACGGCCGGCCGCGGCGCGACCCAGCCGGCUGGCUCGGACGCGCACGCUCCAUCCUGUAGGGAGCGGGGCAGGCCCCAAAGACCGGCCAGCGGCCAGCCCCGGCGCGACCCAGCCUGCUGGCUCGGCCGCGCGUGCUCCGUCCUGUGGGGAGCGGGGCAGGUCCCACAGACAAGCCAGCGGCCGGCCCCGGCGCAAACCAGCCGGCUGGCUCGGACGCGCGCGCUCCGUCCUGUGGGGAGCGGGGCAGGCCCCACAGACCGGCCAGCGGCCGGCCCCAGCGCGACACAGCCAGCCUUCUCGGACGCGUGCUCCGUCCUGUGGGGAGCGGGGCAGGCCCCACAGACUGGCAAAUGGCCGGCCCCGGCGCUACCCAGCCGGCUGUCUCGGACGCGCGCGCUCCGUCCUGUGGGGAGUGGGGCAGGCCCCACAGACCGGCAAGCGGCCGGCCCCGGCGCGACCCAGUCGGCUGGCACGGACACGUACGCUCCGACCUGCGGGGAGCAGGGCAGGCCCCACAGACCGGCCAGCGGCUGGCCCCGGCGCGACCCAGCCGGCUGGCUCGGCCGCGCGCGCUCCGUCCUGUGGGGAGCGGGGAAGGUCCCACAGACCGGCCAGCGGCUGGCCCCAGCGCGACACAGCCAGCUGGCUCGGACGCGUGCUCCGUCCUGUGGGGAGCGGGGCAGGCCCCACAGACUGGCAAAUGGCCGGCCCCUGCGCUACCCAGCCGGCUGGCUCUGA